AUGGCUCUCCCAAUAGUAAGCCGCCGCAGGUUGCUCCACCAGUUGUGUCGGUCAUCGGAACCUCUGUCAAAUAGCCAUGGCCAACUCCGUUCCACCUCCAGUUCCAAGCUACUCCCUCUGGAUCUCGGACAAAGAGAAGACAGAGGGCGGCGACGGAGACUGCGGCGGGGAGAGCAAAUGCAGCUGCUUCGUGGUAGCUCUCUGUCCCUGUCUCGUUCUCAUCACUCUUAUCCUAAUCGUCGUCUCCGUAAUUCUCAUCGUCAAAUACCGCCUCUUCUGCCACACUCCCCUCGUCUCUCGCAUAUUCAAGAAACACUGCUAGUUCCAGAAUCGAUUGCCUGUCGCUUCUGUAGCUUCUCCGUUGGGGGUUCUGAUUUAGAUCUCCAAUUUCAUGAAGCUGAGGGGGAUUUAGAGGGAAAUAAUGGUUCCGGCGUUAGGUCGAGCGCAGAUCCGGCGGAGGUGGAUAAGGUAUGCAAAAUGAUCGACGAAUUGUUUGUGUUAGAUCGCAACAUGGAGGCGGUUCUUGAUGGAUGUGGGUGGAUUAACUUGUCACAUGAUUUGGUUGUGGAUGUGUUGGAGAGGUUCCGUCAUGCCAGGAAACCAGCGUUGCGGUUCUUCUACUGGGCAGGGCAGAAGCCAGGCUUUGCCCAUGACUCGAGGACUUGCAAUGCUAUGAUGAGUAUACUGGCAAAGACCCGCCAGUUCGAGACUAUGGUGUCUUUGCUCGAAGAUAUGGGGGAAAAGGGUCUUUUGACUAUAGAGACGUUUCUGAUUGCUAUGAGAGCCUUUGCGGCUGCCAAAGAGAGGAAAAAGGCGGUUGGGAUGUUUGAGUUGAUGAAGAAGUACAAAUUCAAAGUUGGAGUGGAGACUUUGAACUCUCUGCUAGAUAGCCUCGGUAGGGCGAAGCUUGCUAAAGAGGCGAAAGUUCUUUUUGGGAGGUUGGAACACAGGUUCACGCCGAAUCUGCGGACUUACACUGUUUUGCUUAACGGUUGGUGUAAGGUGAAGAAUUUAGUGGAGGCUGGGGUAGUGUGGAAUGAAAUGAUCGAGAAAGGGUUUAAACCUGAUGUUGUUGCUCAUAAUGUGAUGCUUGAAGGUUUGUUGAAGAGUAGCAAGAGGUCUGAUGCUAUCAAGUUGUUUGAGAUGAUGAAGGCCAAAGGACCAUCUCCCGAUGUCCGGAGCUACACAAUUCUGAUCCGCCAUUUGUGCAAGCAAGCAAGGAUGGAAGAGGCAGUUGAUUACUUGGAUGAAAUGGUCGAUUCAGGAUGCCAGCCAGAUGCUGCAAUCUACACUUGUUUGAUAUCCGGGUUUGGAAACCAGAAUAAGAUGGACAUAGUUUUUGAAUUGUUGAAUGAGAUGAAAGAAAAUGGCUGCUGCUCGCCGGAUGGACAGACCUAUAAUGCCCUUAUUAAGCUCAUGACCCAAAGGAGGCUCCCUGACGAUGCUGUGAAGGUGUACAAAAAGAUGAUUCAGAAUGGGAUGGAACCCACUAUUCAUACAUACAACAUGAUCAUGAAAUCCUAUUUUCAGAUUAGAAACUAUGACAUGGGCCACACUGUAUGGGACGAGAUGAUUAGCCAGGGAUGUUGUCCUGAUGAUAACUCGUAUGCUGUCCUCAUAAGAGGGAUCAUAAGUCAAGGAAGAUCAGUCGAGGCUUGUAGGUACUUGGAGGAAAUGACGGAGAAAGGCAUGAAAAUGCCUCAGCUUGACUACAGAAAGCUUUUAGCUGACUUAUCUAGGGCUGGGGUACCAGCUGCAUUUGAAGGAUUGGCCCACAAACUAAACAUGGUGGGGAAUUUUGAGAAGUCGAGUUUCUUGGGGAGAAGGCAUGAGAGAAUGAAUGACUGA